AUGCCGCCUAAUAUUCCCCCAAUUUUACCCGUCGAGGAAAAAAAAGAAUCCGAAAACAUUAAUUCUUUUGCCGAGAGAAAAAAUCCCGAGUCGGCGGGUGAGAAAAUUUCCCUAAAACCCCGUGACUCAGUGGAGCUCUCCCCGGAAUCACCGAACGAGCCAUUGCCGGAGGUAUCGGAGGAUAGCGGGAGGGAGAGGCUGAAGAGGCACCGGGUCGAGAUGGCGGGUCGGGUCUGGAUACCGGAUAUGUGGGGCCAAGAGGGUUUUCUCAAGGAUUGGGUCGAUUGCGCAGCUUUUGACGCGUCCUUGGUGAAUAGCAGCAUUUUGUCGGCGAGAGAUUCUUUGGUGGAGGAAGGAAGGAGGGCAAACUCCACCCGAUUGAGAGUACAGAAUGGGUUCAGAACCCUUUCUUCUUCGUUUGAAAUCUCGCCCACAUCAGAGAAAUUCGAGCAAAAAAUUCCUCCCCAACGCUGCCUUUACUCGGUCGCCGUCGCACCAGUGGCGCUUCGCCGGUGUUUUUCUCUUCAGCCCUUGUUCGGUCUGCGCAGCACCUCGCGGCUCAGUCCACGAAGUUCGACCAUUCUCGUGGCGGCGUAUUGCACUGACGAGUCCCACACCCAGCAGAUCCAAGCCGAUCCGUCUACCGUAGCCGUCGUGUUCAGCCGGCGUCUGGUAGCAGUCGCUCGUCCGCUCGUCUGGUAG